AUGAUCAAUGACCUUGUGGGGAAGUUCUGCGGUGCGUAUAAGGCUGCUACUAGAGAGAAGGCUAGCGGCCAGAACGAGAACGAUGUUGUCAAACUUGCUCAUCAAAUUUUCUACAACAACCACAAGAAGAAGUUCACUUUAGAACACGCUUGGAAGGAACUACGUACCGAUCAGAAGUGGUGCGACCUUGCCACUGCUAAAAAGGAUGAGAGCUCGAAGAAGAGGAAGUGUGAGGAUGGUACAGAAUCAGAGAGCUCUCAAGCCACUGAGAACAAGCGCCCCCCGGGUGUGAAGGCCGCAAAGGCAAGUGGUAAGAAGAAGGUGGGAGAGGGUCAUAAUCUUAAUGGGUUGCAGACAAUGUGGACGAUCAAGCAGGAGGAUUUGGCCGCGAAAGAGAGGUUGUCUAAGAUGAAAGUGCUCGACAGUCUUAUUGGAAAAAAAGAGCCUCUCCCUAAGAAUAAAGAAGCACUCAAGAAGAAACUCAUAAAUGAGUUGUUCUGA